AUGAACGGCUUCAAAGAAGAUUGCGAACAAUUAAUUGCUCGUUUUGAACGUGCAGAUAACAUUAGAUUUGAUACUUUUUGUGAAAUUUGGAAAGCGAUGAAAUUUUCAUUAGUUUUUGCGGGUCGUCCAAACUUUCUGGAACUAUUAGAAUUUUGUGAAGAAGCAUUGCAUAUAUGUAAACAAUUCGUUCUUUUACCACCUCGUUUUAAAGAACGUAUUGGAGGAUUGUAUCUUUUGUAUGGAAUAUAUUUCAAAAUGCCAGUAGAUCAAUUUAAAAUUAGGCUUAAACUCGAUGAUUGGAAAAAUAUUCUGGAACUUCAUACAGAAAUAAAAGAAGGAGAACAUUUAGAUGCUAAUUAUAUAUUAUGUAAAUUAAUUGCUAGUAAUGCAUUUCAUUUUUGUAUUUUUGAUUCAGAGUACGGUAUGGAAAAACCAUAUACAGUGAAGAAUACACAGUAUUUUAAUUCGUAUUCUAUAUUACCAUCAUUGAGAAAUUUAAGUGAAAAAAACCAACUGUUGUCAAAAAUUGAUGAACUUAGUAAAGCUUACGAACAAAAAAAAGAAGACUCAAAACUAAUAAAUCCAUUAGAUACUAAAAAGAGACUUUGA